CCUCCAUUUCUCCUCGAUUGUAGGGUUUUCUCGUUUCCCUACUCUCGGAGAAAGUCCAGACAAUAGUGAAGCGAAUGCGGAAAUGGACAAUUACGCUCUUCAUCUAGCCAUGGCGGCCCUCGUCGGAGCCUCCUUCGUGGCAGUGUCGGCGUAUUUCAUGCACAGGAAGACGCUUGCCCAGCUCCUAGAGUUCGCCAAGUCCGUCGAGAGAGACAGCGACUCCGACGAUGACUCACCCCGGCGGCAGCUGAAGAAACGGCGCGGCGGUUUGCGUCGGAAGACCGACGGUCACUAUCGGCAAGUCUCUGCUUCUUUACCGGACGUGACGGCUAUUUCCGGCGGAUACGGCGGAGGGGACGGGAAGCGCCCCAAUGGCCCUCCGGUCCUUGUCGAUGGUAUUCCUUCUGGUUUGCCGAGGCUUCGCUCGUUAGCUGAAGGCAAAUCCUCGAUGCUUGGAAAUUCAACGAAGAGAGUUGGGAGUUUCAUUAGGCCAACUUCGCCAAAAUCUCCUGUUGCUAGUGUCUUUGAAAGCGUGGAAGGAUCAGACGAGGAAGAUAAUAUCAUUGGUGAUGGCGAACUGGAUGCUUCAUUAAUGCAUACUAAUGGGGAUACUGCUCUGAAUUUACCAGAUCUUAUGAAUGGUAAUGGAGAGCAAAUAGGUAUGGCUAGUGCAAAUAUUAUUCGGUCUCACAGUGUGUCUCGUGAUUUGCACGGCGUUCAAGCUGACCCUAUUGCUGCUGAUAUACUACGGAAAGAGCCAGAGCAAGAAACAUUUGUGCGUCUUAAUAUUUCUCCGAUGGAGGUACCAACACAAGAUGAAAUUGAAGCAUACGCGUGCGUACAAGAUUGCCUUGAACUGAGGAAAAAAUAUGUCUUCCAAGAAUUAGUAUCUCCUUGGGAAAGAGAAAUAAUAUCUGAGCCCUGCACUCCGAAGCCCAAUCCUGAUCCAUUUGCUUAUGUUCGCCAGAGAAAAUCCGAUCACUAUUUUGAGAUGCGAGAUGGUGUUGUCCAUGUCUAUGCAAACAAAGAUUCAAAAGAAGAACUCUUCCCUGUUGCUGAUGCAACUGCAUUUUUCACUGAUUUGCAUAUUAUACUUAGAGUUAUAGCAGCAGGAAAUAUUCGAACUUUAUGUCAUCGUCGACUGGUUCUUCUGGAACAGAAAUUCAAUCUUCAUUUAAUGCUUAAUGCGGAUAGAGAAUUUCUUGCUCAGAAAAGUGCACCACAUCGUGACUUUUAUAAUGUCAGAAAAGUUGAUACUCAUGUUCAUCAUUCAGCAUGCAUGAAUCAGAAACAUCUUUUGAGGUUUAUCAAGUCAAAACUAAGGAAAGAACCUGAUGAGGUUGUUAUUUUUCGAGAUGGGACAUAUAUGACCUUAAGAGAGGUUUUUGAGAGCCUGGAUUUAACUGGGUAUGAUCUGAAUGUUGAUCUUCUGGAUGUUCAUGCUGACAAGAGUACUUUUCAUCGAUUUGAUAAGUUCAAUCUGAAGUACAACCCCUGUGGUCAGAGUAGAUUAAGAGAAAUUUUCCUUAAGCAGGAAAAUCUUAUCCAAGGGCGGUUUCUCGCUGAAUUGACAAAGCAAGUGUUUUCUGAUCUUGCAGCAAGUAAAUAUCAGAUGGCUGAAUAUCGAAUAUCAGUAUAUGGUAGGAAGAUGAGUGAAUGGGACCAACUGGCUAGCUGGAUCGUGAACAACGAACUAUACAGUGAGAAUGUUGUUUGGUUGAUUCAGCUACCACGCCUUUAUAAUGUAUACAAGGAUAUGGGAACAGUAACAUCCUUUCAGAACAUCCUUGAUAACGUCUUCAUUCCAUUAUUUGAAGUAACUGUCGAUCCAGAUUCUCAUCCUCAUCUGCAUCUGUUCCUGAAGCAGGUUGUCGGGUUUGAUUUGGUGGAUGAUGAAAGCAAGCCUGAAAGACGCCCUACAAAACACAUGCCCACACCAGCUGAGUGGACCAAUGUGUUCAAUCCUGCAUUUUCUUACUAUGCAUAUUACUGCUACGCAAACCUCUACACCUUGAACAAGCUUCGUGAGUCGAAGGGCAUGACAACAAUCAAAUUCCGGCCGCAUUCUGGCGAGGCCGGUGACAUUGACCACCUUGCUGCAACUUUUCUCAUUGCGAAUAACAUUGCACAUGGAAUCAACCUGAGGAAGUCCCCUGUUCUUCAGUAUCUCUACUAUCUGGCACAGAUUGGUCUGGCAAUGUCUCCUCUGAGCAACAAUUCCUUAUUCUUAGAUUACCAUAGAAACCCAUUGCCCAUGUUCUUUUCAAGGGGUCUCAAUGUUUCUCUUUCAACUGACGAUCCACUCCAGAUACACCUUACGAAGGAACCUUUGGUGGAAGAGUAUAGCAUUGCUGCCUCUGUAUGGAAAUUGAGUUCAUGCGAUCUGUGUGAGAUUGCUCGUAACUCGGUAAUCCAGUCGGGUUUCUCGCACGCUUUAAAGUCGCACUGGAUUGGGAAAGAGUACUACAAGAGAGGGCCUGAGGGAAACGACAUUCACAAAACAAAUGUGCCUAAUAUCCGUUUAGAGUUCCGGAACACGAUAUGGAGAGAAGAGAUGCAGAUGGUCUAUCAGGGCAACGCCGACAUCCCUGGUGAAAUAGACAGGUGGUGAUGCUGCUUUUGCAUAUCCCCAAGUUCUACUCCAUGGCAUGAGGCUCGGCCUUCGCCCACUUUAUUGGGCAUCCAAACGAUGAUACAUACUACCGCUAUAUGUAUACGCAGAAAAGUAAGUCCAAUAAGUCAGAGAUAUUGGCCAAGGUAUGAAUGUAAUAAGAGCAGAGGGUUUGCCUAUGGGUAGGGAUCCCGAGAGAAUAUGGAGGGUCGAAAUCGACAUGUUUGUUGUAUGUUUAAAUGUGGGAUUAUCACUUGUCAAUUAUUCAAACUCCUUGGCUUCACCUUUUUUUUUCCAACUACUAUUAUUCAAAGUUCAUCAUCUACCGGA